CGAUGAGGACCUAGGGCAUCUGCCAGCUGACUAUCGCCCCUGGCCUGGAGUGACCAUGGCCCCCCGCAAGAGGAGCCGCCAUGGCCUGGGCUUCUUGUGCUGCUUUGGGGGCAGUGGCCUCCCUGAGAUCAACCUCCGAGACAACCACCCUCUGCAGUAUAUGGAGUUUUCAAGUCCUAUCCCGAACCAAGAGGAGCUCAAUGUCCGCUUCGCAGAGCUGGUGGAUGAAUUGGAUCUCACCGACAAAAACCGAGAGGCUGUGUUUGCACUGCCUCCGGAGAAGAAAUGGCAGAUCUACUGCAGCAAGAAGAAGGAGCAGGAGGACCCCAACAAGCUGGCAACCAGCUGGCCUGACUAUUACAUCGACCGCAUCAACUCUAUGGCUGCCAUGCAGAGUCUGUAUGCCUUUGAUGAGGAAGAGACGGAGAUGAGGAACCAAGUUGUGGAAGACCUGAAGACAGCUCUCCGGACACAACCCAUGAGGUUUGUGACACGCUUCAUUGAGCUGGAGGGUUUGACCUGUCUGCUGAAUUUCCUCCGGAGCAUGGACCACGCCACCUGCGAAAGUCGCAUCCACACCUCCCUCAUUGGUUGCAUCAAGGCUCUGAUGAACAACUCCCAGGGGCGAGCGCAUGUGCUGGCACAGCCCGAGGCCAUCAGCACCAUUGCACAGAGUCUGCGCACAGAGAACAGCAAGACCAAGGUGGCCGUGCUGGAGAUCCUGGGUGCCGUGUGCUUGGUGCCUGGCGGCCACAAGAAGGUGCUGCAAGCCAUGCUCCACUACCAGGUGUACGCAGCUGAGAGGACACGCUUUCAGACACUGUUGAAUGAGCUAGACCGAAGUUUGGGCCGGUACCGGGAUGAAGUGAAUCUGAAAACAGCUAUCAUGUCCUUCAUCAACGCUGUCCUCAAUGCUGGAGCUGGAGAGGAUAAUCUGGAGUUCCGCCUUCAUCUACGGUAUGAGUUCCUGAUGCUGGGGAUCCAACCUGUGAUUGACAAACUCCGGCAGCACGAGAAUGCCAUCCUGGACAAGCAUUUAGACUUCUUUGAGAUGGUCCGGAAUGAGGAUGACCUGGAGCUAGCCAGGAGGUUUGACAUGGUCCACAUUGACACCAAGAGUGCUUCCCAGAUGUUUGAGCUGAUCCACAAGAAGCUAAAGCACACCGAGGCCUACCCCUGCUUGCUAUCUGUUCUACACCACUGCCUUCAGAUGCCCUACAAGCGGAACGGUGGCUAUUUCCAGCAGUGGCAGCUCCUGGACCGGAUCCUUCAACAGAUUGUCCUCCAGGAUGAGAGGGGUGUGGACCCUGACCUGGCUCCCUUGGAGAACUUCAACGUCAAGAACAUUGUUAACAUGCUCAUCAAUGAGAAUGAAGUGAAACAGUGGCAAGACCAGGCAGAGAAGUUCCGGAAAGAACACAUGGAGUUGGUGAGCAAGCUAGAGAGGAAGGAGCGAGAAUGUGAGACAAAGACAUUGGAGAAGGAAGAGAUGAUGCGGACACUGAACAAGAUGAAGGAUAAACUGGCCCGAGAGUCCCAGGACCUGCGCCAGGCUCGAGGACAAGUGGCAGAACUGGUAGCCCAACUCAGUGAAAUCUCAACAGGACCUGUAUCUUCCCCACCUCCCCCUGGGGGCCCACUUACCUUGUCUUCCUCAAUGACAACCAAUGACCUGCCUCCACCUCCGCCCCCUCUCCCAUUUGCCUGCUGUCCUCCACCUCCACCACCACCUCUUCCACCUGGUGGGCCUCCCACUCCCCCCGGUGCCCCACCAUGCUUCAGCAUGGGCCUGCCUCUCCCUCCAGACCCCUGCCCCAGCAAUGACAUCCCACUCAGGAAGAAGUGUGCUCCCCAGCCUUCCCAUCCACUGAAGUCCUUCAACUGGGUCAAGCUGAAUGAGGAACGUGUCCCUGGCACUGUAUGGAAUGAGAUUGAUGACAUGCAGGUAUUUCGGAUUCUGGACCUAGAGGACUUUGAAAAAAUGUUUUCAGCUUAUCAGAGGCACCAGAAAGAGCUGGGCUCCACAGAGGACAUCUACCUGGCCUCCCGCAAGGUCAAAGAGCUAUCAGUCAUUGACGGCCGAAGGGCACAGAACUGCAUCAUCCUUCUCUCUAAGUUGAAGCUUUCUAAUGAGGAGAUCCGGCAGGCCAUCUUGAAGAUGGAUGAACAGGAGGACCUUGCUAAGGACAUGCUGGAGCAGCUCCUCAAGUUCAUCCCAGAGAAAAGUGACAUCGACCUCCUUGAGGAGCACAAGCAUGAGAUAGAGCGGAUGGCCCGUGCUGACCGCUUCCUCUAUGAAAUGAGCAGGAUCGACCACUACCAGCAGCGACUGCAGGCCCUGUUCUUUAAGAAGAAGUUCCAGGAGCGGCUGGCUGAGGCCAAGCCCAAAGUGGAAGCCAUCCUGCUGGCCUCCCGGGAGCUGAUCCGCAGCAAGCGCUUAAGGCAGAUGCUUGAGGUCGUCCUGGCCAUUGGUAACUUCAUGAACAAAGGGCAGCGUGGGGGUGCCUAUGGUUUCCGGGUGGCCAGCCUCAACAAGAUCGCAGAUACCAAGUCCAGCAUUGACAGAAACAUCUCUCUGCUCCAUUACCUGAUCAUGAUCCUGGAGAAGCACUUCCCUGACAUCCUAAACAUGCCCUCAGAGCUACAGCAUCUUCCAGAAGCCGCCAAAGUCAACCUGGCAGAGCUGGAGAAGGAGGUGGGCAACCUCAGGAGGGGCCUCAGAGCAGUUGAGGUGGAGCUAGAAUAUCAGAAGCGCCAGGCACGGGAACCGAAUGACAAGUUUGUCCCAGUCAUGAGUGACUUCAUCACCGUCUCCAGCUUUAGCUUCUCAGAGCUGGAAGACCAACUGAAUGAGGCCAGGGACAAGUUCUCCAAGGCCCUGAUACACUUUGGGGAGCAGGACAGCAAGAUGCAGCCAGACGAAUUCUUUGGAAUCUUUGACACCUUCCUGCAGGCCUUCUUGGAGGCCCGGCAGGACCUGGAGGCGAUGAGGAAGAGGAAAGAAGAGGAGGAACGGCGGGCACGCAUGGAAACCAUGCUGAAGGAACAGAGGGAGCGGGAGCGGUGGCAGCGGCAGCGGAAGGCCCACGCAGGCAGCGCGCUGGAGGAAGGUGGCGAGUUCGACGACCUGGUAUCAGCCCUGCGCUCAGGCGAAGUGUUUGACAAGGACUUAUGCAAGCUGAAGCGCAGCCGCAAGCGGUCAGGGAGCCAGGCCCUGGAAGUCACCCGGGAACGGGCAAUAAGCAGGCUAAAUUAUUGACCUGGGGACUGGCCACCGCAGGAGGCAGGAGACAAGGGUGGGCUGAGGGGCUGAGCGGA